AUGCAGAGACGUGAUCGCGGCAUCGCCCAGUCACUGGGUCUGCCUCUCACUAAGCGUGUGAAGGAGAGCCGGGUGUUGCUGGUUGGUGCGGGAGGCAUAGGAUGUGAGGUGUUGAAGAACCUGGUCUGCUGCGGCUUUGGCAGUCUACCGUCGAACUACGGCACGAACGGCACUGAGGAGUCGGCGGCCAAUGCGCGCAAACCUGGCAUUGUAGUCAUCGACUUGGACACCAUCGACCUAAGCAACCUCAACCGGCAAUUCCUCUUUCGAAAACAGCACAUCAAGAAACCCAAAGCCUACGUCGCUAAAGAGACAGCAUCCCACUUCAACCCUUCGGUCAAUAUCGACGCUCAGCAUGCGAGCAUCUUCGACACCAAGUACGAUGUCGAAUUCUUCGAGGGCUUCGACCUGGUCUUCAAUGCGCUCGACAAUCUCGCAGCAAGAAGACACGUGAACAAGAUGUGUCUGGCCGCAGAUGUACCCUUGAUCGAAAGCGGUACGACUGGCUUCAAUGGCCAGGUGCAAGCAAUCAAGAAGGGUGCGACGGAAUGCUACGACUGCAAUCCCAAGCCAGUGCAAAAGAGCUUUCCAAUCUGCACAAUCCGUUCGACACCUUCACAGCCUAUCCAUUGCAUUGUGUGGGCGAAAUCAUAUCUAUUCCCGGAGCUCUUCGGCACGAGUGAAGAGGACUCGGCAGAUGUGGCUGUAACAGAAGGCGAUAAUGCAGAAGAAGUCGCGAAGCUGAAGGAGGAAGCAGACGCGCUAAAGACAAUCCGCGGCAUAAUGGGCAAGAGCGAGUUCGCGCAAGAAGUCUUCAACAAAGUCUUUCACGACGACAUCGAGCGAUUGCGCGGCAUGACAGAGAUGUGGCAAUCACGGCGACCACCGCAAUCGCUGAAGUUUGAGGAGCUCGUCGCCGAGAUUGAAGGCGGAGACACGACCGAGCGCGGCCAGUCGCUCGUGAUGCAAGACCAGGCUACCUGGAGCUUACACGACAAUCUGACAGUCUUCUCCUACUCCCUUGGCAUACUAAGCAACCGAAAUCAAGCCGGCGAAACCGUCCUGGAAUUCGACAAAGACGACAAAGAUACCCUCGACUUCGUCACCUCGGCUGCUAAUUUACGAUCAUAUAUUUUCGGGAUACCCUUACAUAGUGAAUGGGAGAUCAAGCAAAUGGCUGGCAACAUUAUCCCGGCGAUCGCGACCUCGAACGCGCUUACGGCUAGUCUGUGUGUGCUGGAAGCCUUCAAAAUUAUGCGAGGGGUAGGCUUCGAGCAGAAAGGUGUGAGUGGGCUGGCGAUCAACAAUGGCACAACGGCGACUUCACAUACGACCGUCAACGGCAAGGAAGAAGGUGUUCUUGGUGGCGCGAAGAUGAACCUGGUGGAUCUGCUGAGGGAGAAAUUCGGGUAUGAGGAACUCUCGAUACAGGCAGACAUUGGUAUCAUCUACGAUCCAGACCUGGAAGAUAAUCUAGAGAAAUCGCUUACCGAGUAUGUGAAAGCCGGUAACAGCUUCCUCACGAUCGUGGAUGAUGGGGAUGAGGCGAAGGUGGAUCUGGUACUAAGCGCGUCUAUUCAGAGCGAAGCGAUCAUUGAAACUGGUGUUCUGGAGUUGGUGCCGGAGCGGAUAUCUUUGCCUUCCAAACCCAAGGCUGUUCCAGAGACCAACGGGCACGCAUCAACGGCUGCGGAGUCAUCGCAGACAGCGACGAAUGCUAAUGCGAAGAGGAAACGCGAGGCAGAGGAGGAGGUGGGAAGUGCAAAGAAGCGCGCGCGGGCUACGGACGAGGAGGUCCAUGUGAUUGAGGACGAUGGCGCAAUCUUACUUGAUGAUUAG